UUGAUAGAAACGAUCGCGCAUCAAACCUAUUGACCUGACCAAUCGCACUAUUUUCUUAUCUAUCUUUCCUAUCGUUCUAUAUGAGAAACGCUCAAAAAAGUUACUAUCUGCACACAGUAUACGCACGAAUAUGACGAACACAAACAUUAAAAACGAACAUUCGUCGUCGUCGUUUGUCGGCACCAUUCAGUGGAACCUUCCAGUGUGUUUCUUUUGGUUGUUGUAUCACCCAGUUUAAAAAUUCACUGCACACCGUGUAAUUUACUUAUAGCGUAAAAAUGAUACGGUUCACUGAAGAAGAUGUAACCAAUAAUGGAGAAGUUACCGAUGUUUACUUCAAUGAUAAUCGAGUCAGAAGAAUACUAAAAUCCAUGUACACCGUCAACAGUGCGAUUACUCUCCCAUCGCUCGUUCUUCUGAUUCCGAUAUUGGCAAGUUUUAUGGAUCCCAGCCGAGACUACAUAUUGUUUUUAUGUCUUGGACUAUUUCCAUCCAUCUGUAUUUGUCAGAUCUCAGCAUUCAUCGCAAAAGCUGCUAAAAAGAACAGAAGUAUCAAAUUAUUAAAGGCGUCAGCUGUCCUUGCCGUUUGCUAUUGCGUACUCGGUAUCUUGGGACUUAUCUCAGUGGGCGCACUUCUCGUACUUUGCUGCAAAUCGUGCGAGAGACCGACCUGUGUUAGUGACGCAAUUUGUUCGGCCGUCCUCUGUUUAAUCACCGUCAUCGGAAUCGCCUACAACAUCGUACACGCAAAGCUGUUAAUUGGUGCCAUUUGGUCAAAUGAAGUCCUCGAAGAACGAGCAGUACGAUCGCCACAAUUAUCAAAAUAAAAAUACACUCAAUCUAGAAGAGGUGUUUGAUGACGGGCCGAUCACAACAAUCAGCGAAGCGACCGAAGGAAGAGAAUCUCCAUUAACGACUGGACAAAUAGGAUUCUCUUACUUGCGGAUGGAGAACCCCACGGAAGUGUUUCCCUGAUACCUGAUAUCCGUCCAUAAAAAUAUUCAUUUUAAAAUAUUACAAAUGAUUAUUAUCUUUGUUUGGAAGUCAAUUAAGAGUUAAUACCUGCUUGGAAAUCUAUGCUGUUGAUAUUAU